GCUGCUGCAGAGAGCAGCUCUACCUCCUGCUGUGUUUUUUCUUAUCUGACAGCUCUGGUCGUGACAGCUCGGUGACAGAAAUCCGCUCUGAUUAAAGCCGCUGUUUGGGGAUUUUUAAUUUUUUUUUUGUCUGGAGAAGCCUGAAGGACCACCGAAGAAGAAGAUGCUGAGGCGAAGGCCUUCCAACGCCUCAGAGAAGGAGCAGACGCAGAAGAAGAAGCUCUCUCUGCAGAGGUCCAGCAGCUUCAAGGAUUUCAUGAAGCACAAACCCACCUCUCCUGUUGCAGACAAGGAGCCACACUUUGAGGAGCAUGUUGCAGACGGAGUCACAGCAGAGGAGGCCAUGAAAAGUGGCAGCAAACUGGGCAAGAAGUGGCGCAACGUCAUCUCACGCACAAUGACCCGCAAAACAUCCAAGAUGGUGCAGAAAGCGCUGGCUGAGGAAGGGGGAGAGAGCGGAGAGGAGCUGUCCCCCGUUUCUCCGGAUUUUCUACCAGAUCUGAGCGCAGGACAGAGGACGUCUGUGUGCUCCUCAGGGUCAGAGGAUGCCACGCCAAGCCUCAUCAGCCGCCAGCUUUCAGGAAACAGUGACAGGCAGAGCCUGGACAGCGGUUACUGUCAGAGGGACAGCAUGAGGCUGGAGGAGAACUCUUAUAAUGGACCUUUUUGUGGUCGUGCUCUGGUCCACACUGACUUCACUCCCAGCCCAUACGACGUGGAGUCACUCAAACUUCAAAAAGGAGACAUCAUCCACAUCAUCGAGAAGCCCCCUGUGGGGACCUGGACAGGAAAGCUCAACAACAAAGUGGGCUCCUUUAAGUUCAUCUACGUCAACCUGCUCCCCGAUGAGAGCCCCCCGACCAGGAGGAGACGCUGCAACAGCAAGAGCAACAAAGACAAAUCUAGACCCAAAACUCUGGAGGAGGUGCUGGACAGCAUGGGCCUUAAUGAGCUGAGCUCUCUGCUGUCCAUGCACGGCUUUCAGACUCUGGAGGACUUUGCAGGUCUGAAAGAGUAUCACCUCAACGAGCUGAACAUCACCGACCCAGAGCAGCGCUCCAAGAUCCUGAACGCCUCGGAGCUGCUGAGAGACUCUGAGGAGGAGUCAGAGCCUGAAGAAGAGCGCAGAUCUGAGGAGAAAUCCAAAGAGCCGAGAGACUCAGGUUGUUUCGAGAGCUCAGAGAAUCUGGAGAACGGACCAAAGACGGAGGAGGAACUCCAGACUGAGGCAGCAGAGAAGCAGACGAACCAGGAAGAGAAACACGAGCAGGAAGGGGAGAACCAAUCAGAACAGCUGGACGCUAUAGAGGAGCAGCUGCAGGAGCUGACGGUGGAGGAGGACUCAUGAGAAAAAUAAUACAAAUCCUAGAAUGCAUGGAGUCUGUGGACUGAGGUUUUAAACGAUUAAACUGUUACGUCUUAAAGAGUUAACUAUAGAAAAAAAACAAAUCAGGCUGAAACAGUGUACAUAGGAUGUUUCUAAGUUUGCUGGGACUGUUGAUCAGAUGGUAAAUCUGUCUCCAUCUGCCACAGUUUGUUUUGAUGUUUGAUGAUCAGUUUUUAUCACAUGAACUAUGAAACCUGUUUCUGCUGUCAUUACAUUUGUUUCCAUUGUUUUGUAAGAUAUCAAUGAAGCAUUUAAAUUUUCCUGUUCUUACAUGUUUUACUGUCUUACAUGUGGUGCAGUCUUGAACAAUAUGAAUGUAAAAUAUUUUAGUGUUUUGUGCAACUUGAACUGAAACUUUGGAUUGUGUGCUAUAAAUUUUUGUGCGGUACAUUACACUGAAUGUUGAUGUAAAUUAAUCCUAAAUAAAAUUUAAUUCAACUGUU